AUGAAGUUUUAUUGUUUUGUGUUGUGUGCGAUUUUCUGUUUAAGUGAUGCUCUUCAUUCAGAAGGGGAGCUAAAUGAGGCGUGCUGUAGACACGGUGGUCAAUAUUCCAAGAACGCUGCAAGUGACUGUGAUGAUGCAGACGUCCCAAAAGAUUUUGAUACAGAGGAUGAGAAGGACAUUUGUAAGGCAAUAGCAGUUGGCUGUUGCCAACAAUACAAACAUUCAGAUGAAUGCUCCGAUGGAAUGGUGUACGCAACAGAUAAGCGAUGCGACGUUCCAAAAACCGAAGUUGGAAAGACAUGUUGCGAGGAAUGUUCGUUGGGAAGGUGGGUAGGAGAAUCUCAGGGGCUCGAAGGCUGCAACAAUGGCGAAGACGAUUACUUUGAUCCAACUGCUGUACUCAGGAGAAGAGCAUAUUCUACUUGUUGUCAGAGGGCCGCAGAAGAAGCAGAGAAAACUACAGAACCGAUACCAGAAACAACGACAAAACGGAUAGAAACUACAACAGAGAAAAGAGUGGAGACUACGACACAGAAGAAGGAAAAAUGUAACAAGAAAUCUUGCGAACACGUAUGCAACGACGAAGAUGGUCGUGUGCAUUGCCAAUGCCACGAGGGAUACAGAUUGCAAAGUGAUAAGAAGUCAUGUAAAGAUAUAAAUGAAUGUGCCGAAGCUAUCGACGAUCUGUGUAUCGCUGAAGACACAGUAUGCCAUAAUACCGCUGGUUCAUUCAAAUGUGUUCCCAUCAAAAAGCGUGAUGUGGGACUCACUUGUCCACCUGGCUUCAAACGGAAUGUUCAGAACCAAGUCUGUGAUGACAUAAAUGAAUGUCAACUCCCCCGGCCUCCAUGCCCCAAGUACUUGUGUGAGAACACAAUUGGUGGGUACAAGUGCGCCGGGAAGGCAGGUAAACCCUUCGAGGAAGCAGCACCAGGAAUUACAACAGAACCACCAGCUGCAACCCCUACUGCACCAAAGAACGACAUCUGUCCUCCUGGAUUCAGAGCUGGACCUGAUGACGAAUGUGUUGAUAUUGAUGAAUGUGAAGAGCGUCUAGACGACUGCCAGCGCUUGUCGCAGCACUGCAUCAACACUCACAGUGGCUUCUUCUGUCAGGACCAUGUGUCCAAGCGCUGUGCUCCAGGUUUCAAAGUCAACUCGCGAACAGGAAUAUGCGAAGAUAUUGACGAAUGUGAAGAAAGUUCAGAGGUGUGUAAGCGAUCUGAAAUAUGCGUCAAUUUGCCAGGAGCUUACAACUGCAAGUCCAAAAUCAGCACACUACCAAAAUUAGGUUCAACAAGAAUUUGCCAGGAAGGCACCAGAUUAAAACCCGGAAGCACUAUUUGUGAAGACAUUGACGAGUGCCGCGAAGGCAAUCACCUGUGUGACCAGUUUCAAUACUGCAUUAACACUUAUGGUGGUCACGAAUGCAGAUGUAAAAAUGGCUUCGAGCUGGACUCCACGUCAGGAUCUUGCGUUGACAUUGAUGAAUGCGCCUUAAAGUUGGACAACUGCGGUGCUGGCUCUCACUGUCUCAACGUUUUAGGAUCAUUUACGUGUACACGUCGUCCUCCCACCACUACUAGUACUACUGCGCAUCCUAUAGAUGAUUUUUACUAUGACUCUGACGAAGAAUUUCCUACCUCUGAUGAUCCCAUUCCAAAAUCUAGUUCCACCACAAAACCCAUUCCACGUGUCACACCGUCGAUCCCUCCAUACGGUAAUUAUCCGACCUAUCCUUCCACGACAAGAACGUCCACAACACGUAGAACCUCUUACAUUAACAGACCUGGUAGGCCGGCAAUCUACACUACUUUACCGCCCACUACCACAGAACUUACGACUACACCUAAAGUGACGCAGACGACACCAAAGGCGGAUGUUAUUCGUCCUUCUUACGUUCCCCAUCCUCCAGAAUUGCCACCGAGACCUGAUGAGAGACCUAGAAGACCGGAGUACCGUCCCACUAGACCAACAGAGUCAUCGAGGAGGCCUUAUUACACUCCUAGUCCAGUUACGACUACGGAAUCCCCUAGAACAUUUGAAACAUUAACGGAAGUGUCGGUCACACCCUCUGGAUAUCCAGAAUUAUUAGAGACAGACAAAAACCCAGAUGGCAGCUACGGAUUAAAUACCAGUGAUGUACCGAAGAAUACAUGGACGAACGUCGUAGGACGCGAUAAGCCAGAGGAGCCAGAUUUUGAUAUCAAUAAUCUCCAUUGUUUAUAUGGUUUGGAACGAGAUGCUCAAGGAAAUUGUGUAGAUAUAAAUGAGUGUGAAACCAAUAGACAUGUUUGUAGUGGUUUGGAGAUGUGCGUCAAUAUGGAAGGUGGAUAUAGGUGUGAGUGUGUGCCAGGUUACUACAGAGAUGCCUCUGGAUGGUGUACACCGUCCAGGUUUCCCAGCACAUACAGGACUCCACCACCUACCACCAGUACUACCGCUAGAACUACAACCAGUACCACACCUAGAACUACUACCAGUACUACUACUAGCACAACAACAGAAAGACCAACCGAAAGAAGUUCAAUUAUACCAACAACACCAAGAGUUUGGUAUACACCACCUCCGAGACCUAGAAGACCUGUGAUACCUCCUACAUCGUGCGGAAUGGGAUAUACUUUCAGCUCUGCUGCCGGUGGAUGUGUCGAUAUCAAUGAAUGUGCCGUACGAAAUACCUGCAAUGAAAAUGAGGAAUGUCACAACGUGGAAGGCGGUUACUAUUGCAAAUGCGGUGCGAGAUGUCGUGCGGAAAAAGAGAAACCUACAUACGAACCGGCACGACCACCGCCGUCGCCGUCGCCGUCGCCACAGCCGCAUGAGCCCCUGCCUGACCCCGACUCAAACGUGAUCACCGUGGGGGCGCAGUACGGACAACGGGGCCCGCGCAUGAUGAGACCCACCUUCACCAGGCUGCCCAACUCUGGAGCUAUACUCACCUCCUGCCCAUGGGGGUACAGGCUAACGCCGGAUAAAUAUUGCUAUGAUAUCGAUGAAUGCGCCAAAAACGUAUCGCAAUGUGGUCCCCAACAACGUUGUGAGAAUUUCUUCGGCGGUUACUCAUGCCAGUGUCCCGCUGGUCACAAAUUAUACGGCAAAGACGGCUGCGAGGACGUCGAUGAGUGCCGAUAUGGCUCUCCAUGCUCCUACAAUUCAAAGUGUGUGAAUACGGUUGGGUCGUUCCGUUGCGAGUGCGGUGAAGGUUUCCGAAGCUCUCCAACUAAUGACAAAGUAUGCGUCGACAUCGACGAGUGUGCAGAAGCGCCAGAAGUCUGCCAACAGAAUUGCGCAAACGCAUGGGGAGGGUACCGCUGUUACUGCAAAAGGGGAUAUGUACUAGAUACUGACAAUAGGACCUGCGUGGACGUAAACGAGUGCGCGGAGUGGUCCGCAUCACGCGUGCGCGGGCGCGCGUGCGCCGGCUACUGUAUCAACGAGCCCGGCUCAUACCGCUGCGGCUGCCCGCAUGGAUACAGACUCGCUGACGACGCGCGCACAUGCAUAGACAUCGACGAGUGUGAGACAGGCGAGGCUUCUUGCGCGGUAUCACCGGAGCCCGGCCACGUAUGCCAGAACACCCGCGGCAGCUACCAUUGCCAUCGGAUCAAGUGCCCUCAAGGAUACCGACUAGAAGCUCAACACCGCUGCAGCCGUAUCCAGCGCUCGUGUCCGGUGACUGAUUGGAAUUGUCUCCAACAGCCCUCUACUUACACCUACAACUUCAUCACAUUUGUUGCUAACAUUUAUAUGCCCACAGGCAGUGUGGACUUGUUCACUAUGCACGGACCGUCGUGGCGGAAUUCAGUGGUCAGCUUCGAGCUGAGGAUGAUAGAUGUUCAAGCGGAACCAGGCGUCAAGCCGGCAGACCUGAGGUGUUUCGAUAUGAGGCCGACGAACAACGUUUGCGUUAUAUCCUUGGUGUGCUCGCUGGGCGGGCCGCAGGUAGCUGAACUGGAGUUGACUAUGUCGUUAUACCAAAGAGGACAGUUCGCGGGCAACGCGGUCGCGAGACUUAUUAUCAUUGUAUCGCAAUACGAGUUCUAA